AUGAUGACCACCGUCACAGCGCAUGGCCACUUCCCUUAUGGCGAUGGCUGGGGUCAAUAUGGAGGAGAAAAUGGUGGCCAUGUUCAUCUUCCUUGGGGUUCCCCGUAUGCGACUGGGAACUGUCGACAAGGUAGUAAUCACGUGGUGUGUUUCCCUUUUGGACGUCGAAAGCGUGACUUGUUAGAACAAGCUGGUCGUCUCGACAAGAAGGAAUCAAUUAACCAAUUUUAA